AUGAAUACAGGUCUUGAUGAUAUUAGUUGUCAGAUUAUUGCAGAAACAGUACCAAUAUCCGUUCAUUUUGGUAUUUGUUUUCGAAGAAGUGGUGGAAUGCCGAAACCUGAUUCUAUUGACCAUUGUAUCGAGUUUGAUCCUGCUCUCGUCAAUCUUACUAAUGAUCCUAUUAUUGACGAUGAAGAUGAUGAAGAUUUUGAAGAUUUGACAUUCUCGGAAUCGAUAUUUGAUAUUUACCGGGCAUCUAUCAAAGAACUACAUACUCGUAUUUUACGUUUAUCAUCUCAUAUGAAACCUCUAAUUGUUGUUGAAGAAGAAGAAUUAGAUCGAGAUGUACAGCAUGGUCUUCAAGAAGAGAAAACAAUUGGUAUUGAUCGUGAACCAACAUCAAUUGCUGAUACAAAUCCAUAUUCAACUAAAAAGGAUAGUGAAACAAUUGAAAUAAGUGAUGCGAGUGAAAGUGAAAAUGAAGGUGAAUCAUCUGAAAUGAAUAAUAUAAAUGACGGUUGA